AUAAUGACCCUCACUCUCCAUACCCCUCCAAAACAUCAUUACCAAACACAUAAAAUGUUAACAAAAGCUAGCUAGCCUCCCCCAUUCAACUCCUCAGUACUCUUCCAGCUAGCUACCACCACCAUGCUCCUCCUGAUCUUCCUCUUCCUCCUCUCUUCCCAUCUGCACGGCGUCGCAUUCUCCGCCCAUUGCACCACUGUCACCGCCACCAAAACUUUCCAAAAAUGCAUGACACUCCCUACCCAACAAGCCUCUAUAGCAUGGACCUUCCAUCCCCACAAUGCUACUUUAGACCUUGUUUUCUUUGGUACCUUCAUUUCACCCACCGGCUGGGUUGGAUGGGGCAUUAAUCCCAGUUCCCCUGGAAUGACGGGGACCCGUGCCUUAAUCGCCUUUCCCGACCCAAAUUCCGGCCAAAUCGUCCUACUACCGUACAUCCUAGACCCAACUGUAAAGCUCCAAAAGUCCCUUCUCCUUUCUCGCCCCCUUGAUACCCAUCUCCUCGCUUCCUCUGCCACCUUAUAUGGCGGCAAAAUGGCCACAAUUCACAACGGUGCCACUAUCCAAAUCUACGCCACGUUGAAACUUGUACCAAACAAAACGAAGAUCAACCACGUGUGGAACCGUGGACUCUACGUCCAAGGCUACUCACCAACCAUACAUCCAACUACUUCCAACGACCUUUCCUCCAUUGCCACCAUAGAUGUCCGGUCGGGCUCCUCCGCCACCCAACACGACAACAUCAAAACACUAAGAACCGCGCAUGGAAUCAUAAACGCCAUCUCAUGGGGGCUUAUUCUGCCUAUUGGGGCCGUUACAGCACGGUACCUUCGGCACAUACAAGCACUAGGGCCAGCAUGGUUUUAUGCUCAUGCAGGCAUGCAACUGUGUGCGUUUUUCCUUGGAACUGUCGGGUUCGCCAUUGGCAUCCGGCUUGGAGAGCUGUCGCCGGGGGUGGAAUAUGGGCUUCACAGGAAGCUUGGGUUUGCGGCAUUCUGCUUAGGAGGGCUGCAGACACUUGCACUGUUGUUUAGGCCUAAAACCACAACCAAGUUUAGAAAGUACUGGAAAUCUUACCACCAUUUUGUUGGGUAUUCUUGUGUUGUUCUUGGGGUUGUGAAUGUUUUUGAAGGAUUUGAAGUGAUGGGAGCAAGCAGGUCAUAUUCUAAGCUGAUAUAUUGUCUGGGGCUCUCUUCCUUGAUUGGUGCCUGCAUAGCUUUGGAGGUAAAUUCUUGGGUGAUUUUCUGUAGGAAAGCCAAGGAAGACAAACUGAGGAGAGAAGGAUUAAUUGGGGCUUCUGAUAAAGGAAGUGGAAUUCAUAGCUGAGAACACGUACGUACGAAUCAAAUUUUGUGUGGUUCAUCAAAAGGUUCUUUAUGCUUCUGCAUAUAUGGAACUUAAUUUUGUGAAAGUAGGCCUUGAAGAUCUUUUUCUUGUUCAAUAUAUAUAAUGUAAGGUUUUUUUUUCUUGU